AUGUUCAAAGAAGACUUUCGAAUCACCCAAUUUAAUACUUCGAACGUGCUGCAGGUUCAUAUUUCUCUGAUCUUAUUUGGGGUCUGCACUGGCAGCACCUUGAGACCCAACCAUCACCUUGAAAGAGGUCUUCGACCGACGAAAUCGAGGUUCACUUAUAAUCCUUGUAGAGAAGCUCAAGUUCCUCUUUAUCUUGUGUCAAUGAUGCCAGCAAACCACGUGUGCAGUCUCUGCGAAACCAUAGGAGAUAUCGAGCACAUCGACACUUCUGGCGCCGAAUGCACAACGUCCCACCUCUCCCCAUGCACCCCCUGCGUUCAAUUGAACGAGCUCGAUGCCAGAAUUCGCGACACGACCGCACUCUUGAAGCAGCUCUAUUACCAACGAUGCGAGCUGAAGAUGAAGCGAAACCAGCACCACGACCGGCUCGUAAAUCGCCUUCCUGUGGAAAUCCUUUCCCGUAUCUUGCAUCUCGACAUCGAGGACGAAACCCUCCCCUAUGAUCCUUAUCAUCAUCAGUCGCCAUCGUCGCGGUCCCUUAAACUUGCGGCGGUGUGCCAGCGCUGGCGCCAUAUCGCUCACUCCACCCCUCAGCUGUGGACUACGACCUCUGUCGCUAUAAAUCAUCGCAACGUUCCACUAUACGCUAAGCUCACACGAGAUUGGCUUUCUCGGAGCGGCAGCCUCCCACUCGAUCUAUACAUCUAUGAGGUGAGGCGAACCUGCGGUGACGAAGAGGACACAUUCGGUCCUGCUCCCAUUUUCGAAGCUAUCAACGAGCAGGCGUAUCGAUGGCUAAACCUCUCGGUUUGGCUCCGUCCGGGCCUCCUGAAAUACCUCCGCGGCGCUUGUAACGCACCAUACAUCAUACGGACGCUGGGCAUUACGACGUUUUCGCCAUUCACAGAGUCUAACCCGCCUUUCUCGUUUAACGACGCCAAUUCGAAGCCCCGACCACGUGAGGUCGUUCUAUACGGCACAAGGUUUCGCUCCGUCGGUAUAUGUUGGGACGAAGUCGCCCAUCUGAACGUAUCAAGAUUCAGCCUCCGCGAUUGCUUCGAGGUUCUUCAAAAUUGCCCCAACUUGACCGUCGUCGAAGUCUCCGAUAUCGAGCGGGAAGACGCUGCAUUUCCGAUGGCAAUUAACCAUAACGAACUUCGCUCGCUGCGGGUUCUUCAUCUAUUGGGUUUCGUUCCAGGUCCGUUAUUAGAUAUGCUAACGCUCCCAGGCCUAGAAGAUUUACACGUGAGGAGUUCUUUCGUUGCUCUCGCAAAUUUGCUUGAGCGUUCUUCACCUCCAAUACGCGAUCUAUGGUUCGCACCCGAAGAUUCGCUAACCGUUGGUGGCGAAGCUCUCGUUCGCCUUCUCGAGUUGACACCGCUCUUAACACACCUAAUCAUGAAAUACGUCACAACGUCGCACAUCUUCUUCGAUCGCCUGGUUUGCGCAGGUUUCACAACCAACGGCGUCCCUACGGUGCCCGACUUCCUCCCACAUCUACGCCUCCUACACAUCUCUUGCGAAUCUGACUUUCAGUGGCCGUCUCUCACCAGGAUCAUACCUUCCCGACUUGACCCACACUUUCAAUCACCGGCACUACUGUCCGAAUUCCGGUUCGAAUGGGGCUCCUCGGACGUUGAAAAUACGACGGAGUGGGAAGAUAUGGCUGUUGUGGAUUACGACCUCAUCUAUCGCCUCAGAGCGCUCAGGGAGGCAGGAGUCAACGUUUCGGUCGUUGACGAGAUGCGCACCGACCUAUUGGAUGAGAGUAUCUACUUAGAGGAAUUCACGACACACCGGCGACAGUUCAUCACCGGAGCUGAGUCGAACCAACAUCUUGCAUCUACAGUGACGUAA